AUGUCAAAACCGUUUAGUGGUGGUGGUGGGGAUGGCGGUUGUGGAGGUGGAGGUGGUGGUGGUAGUGGCAGCAUGGUGGUGGUUGUGGUGUUGGUUGUGGAGGUUUGGGUGGAGGAGGUGAUUGUGGCGGUAGUGCUGGUGGUGGUCGUGGUGGGGGGAGGUGGAGGUGGAGGGGAGGAGGUGGUGGUGGUUGUGGUGGUGGUGGCGGAGGAUGUGGUGGUGGUGGUGGCGGUGGUUGUGGAGGUAGUGAAUGUGGUGGAGAUGGAUGUGGAAGUGGAGAUGGUGUCAUUUUUUAAUGAAUGA